AAUCUAGACACCGGAAACUGUCAAGCAUGAAUGAGCAUUCAUUGUUGUGGUUAGACAAUAGAAAUCAGCUGUUGCAGAAAACCUACUGUGUUUAUUGUAGAUGUGAAAAAAUAGUAUACAGAUGUUGAGGUCACUAUUAUAGGACAUUAAGACACAAUGGAUUCAACUCCUAGAAAGAAGAGUCCCGACACUUCCAAAACCAUGGAAAAGUUUGACAUUAAAAUAGAGAGGUCUAAACCUUGUGUGUUAGAGGAGAUUGUGGACCUACUAAAGAAGUUCCUAGAGUACUGUUUGUGGUGUUUGUCAUGUGGAUGUUAUCACAGACCGUCAGACUCAAAGUCAUUCAAUGGGAACGGAUAUGAGAUGAUUUUAUUAGACAGUGAGAAGAAAGCUGUACAGAAUCUUCUACAUUAUAUGGAAUUAGAAGCCAGUGGUGAUCCAGUAUUAACAGAGGAACACAUCAGAGCCAUGUGUAUAUUAACAUACUCAGAUAAUGAAGAAUUACAGAAAUCUGCUGCUCUUUGUUUCACAGAAGUCAGUGAAAGAAUGUCAGCACCUCUGACAAUACCUAUAGCACGGCCCCUGGUGGAGCUACUUAGAUCACGUGAUAUACAAGUACAGAAAGCUGCAACAUUGGCUGUCAGUAACUUUUGCAUGGUUGGACCAGGUCAGAAUAAAGAUGUGUUAGUUACAUGUGGAGUUAUCCCCCCUCUUGUCCAACUUUUACAUUCUAGAAAUGUUGAGGUUCAGUGCAAUACAUGUGGUUGUAUAACAUCUUUGGCUACCUCAGAUUCGAACAAACAGUUGAUUGUGAAUAACCAUGGAAUAAGACCAUUGAUAAAUCUGAUGAAGUCUACAGAUAUACGUGUUCAAAGGAAUGCCGCUGGAGCUAUACUUAACCUCACCCACCUACAAUCUUACAGAAAUGACUUAGUUACCAAAGGUGCUAUACCAGUAUUAAUUGAUAUUCUACACUCCAGUGAUAUUGAUGUACAGUAUUAUGUAGCCGCAUCUCUCAGUAACCUCGCUGUCAAUGACAAACACCGGACUAUGAUGACCGCCAUUGGACAUUAUGCUGUGAUUAAACAACUGGUCAAGUUAAUGUCUACUAAAAAGGAACGGGUUAAAUGUCAAGCAUGUUUUGCUCUCAGGAAUAUUGCGUCUGAUGAUGAGAAUCAGAUAAUUAUAGUACAGUUUGGAGCUUUACCACACCUACACAAUAUAAUCAAGUCUAAAGCCUCACAUAAAGACACACUUGGUGCUGCUGUGGCCUGUCUCAGGAACCUGUCCAUACAUAGAGCUAAUGAGAUACCACUGAUUUCAGAAAAGAUAAUCCCAGAUUUACGUCCUAUAUUAUGUGAUAGUUCAAACUCAGAAGCUCAGAGGCAUGCUGCAGGGACACUCAGGAAUCUAGCUGUUGGGGAUCACCACAGGAUCAUAAUAGACAAUGAUUGUAUAGAAGCCAUGACAUUUGUUCUGAUGGACAUAGACACAAAACUUACAGUGCUAGCAGAAAUUACAGCUGCAUUAGCAAUACUCACAGAUGAAGAUGAUGUGAAGUUAAAAAUAUUACAACUACACAAUGGAAAAUGUUUUACAAAGCUUGUUACCAUGGCAACCUUAUCAAGUCAUUCAGAUGUGCAAUAUAAUAGUGUUGGUAUCCUUGGUCAACUCUCUCUUGUCGCCCUACCAGAAUCUCUCAAGAUAGAAAACAGGAAAGGUAUUCUAUUGUAUAUAGACAUGUUCCUUAAAUCACCAGAUCCAAACUUUAUACACGUGGCCCUGUGGACGUUGGUGCAAUUACUUAAAGAUCCAUUUUUUCUACAAGCUUUCAGGGAACAUGAUAUAGAACAAGUUAUAACAAAAAUUCAUCAGAUCUCAUCCCAGCCAACAACCAUUGAUGAACUUGCUGAAACAGCUCUGAGCAUGCUCAGAGGAGAAGGAAGUCCAACUUCCAGUGAUGAUUGACCAACCACAGUCAUAUAUAGUAUCAUGUGAUAUUUGAAUAACAAUGAUCAUGAACUGUUAAUAGAAUUAUUAACAAAGUGCUAGUACUUCAUGGUAGAAAGUACAAGAUGAUUUUUUGGAGAUCAUGCAGCCUUGCCAUCAUAUUUACUAAUAAUGAGUGACACUAUUUAUAGAUGCACAGCCAUUUUAUGCUGAUGAUUCAACUUGCCAUGGAAAUUAAAUUUUCCAUAUAUUUUUAUUUUAAUUACUUGAUUCCUUUUUAUCAAUAACCAUGAGGGUAUUAAUUGUAACUGGAAAAAAAAAAAAACAUUUUCAUUGAGAAGAGAUGUCAUUUUUCCAUAAAAUGUAAAGUUAAGUGAAAUUUUAAAGGAAAUGUUAUGUGGAAGAGGGUACACACAUAGUGCUUCUAGUUGUCACUUUGCAUUAUUGUGAUAGUGGGAGAGUCACUAUGAAAUAUCACUUUGUAUGUUGUAUACUGUGGGAUUUAUUUUCUUAGGUGCCAAUUUUCGUGGAUUGAGGAAAACAAAUAUUUUUAAGAAAUAUUUUGGUUUUACUUAUUUCUGUAUAAAUCCCUUUCUAAUAUUGCAUUUCAUACAUUGUUUGAAUUCUUGGUUGAACCAUACUCACCAAAUCCAUGAAAAUUGGUAUCCUGCAAAUAAUAAUGAAUUCACAAUAGGUCACAUAUAUAAAGUGGAUUUAUUUAUAUUUGUGGGCUGAAGACAGAUUGUUUAUUUGUGGAUAUAUGAUUCCAUGGUUAGGCCAGAGUCUACAUACCUUAAAAUUUCCUUUAUUUAUGAAAUCAUGAAAAUUUGUAUCCUAAAC